AUGAGCUACCAACCCCCCUCCUCAGUGCCCGUCGAGAUCCCCGACGGCUUCAAGCCCCUCGGCACAUCAGGCAGCAGGCUCCUCGAGAUCGAGCGCUCGAAAGCCUCGUUCUCGCCGGCCGAUCUCGAAAAGUACAUCUACGGCGACGCUGCUAUCGAGCGCAGGAACAGGAUCUUGCCCGUCGUGGAGAACGAGCCCGCGUUCGACAAGUCCCAGAUCCACUACAUGGACCGCGGAGCCAAGUACCGCCACGGACUCGCAAAGGAGAAGCGCCUCGUCCAGUUGACCCGCGAACUCGGUUGGACCGCCGAGGAUGUCAGGACCGCCGAGGAGUUGCUGGACAUGCCCGCCGCUUUCGGACUUCACAACUCCAUGUUCCUCAAAACCCUCCGCGCGCAGUCGACGGACGAGCAGCGAGAACUCUUCCUCAAGCCCGCGGAGAACUACGAGAUCAUCGGCUGCUAUGCGCAGACUGAGCUGGGUCACGGCUCGAACGUCCAAGGACUCGAGACGACCGCGAUGUACAAGCCCGAGUCCAAAUCGUUCGUCAUCAACACCCCCGGCAUGUCGUCCAUGAAGUGGUGGAUCGGCGGACUUGGGCGGACGGCAGACCAUGCGGUCGUCAUGGCGCAGCUGUACACUCCCGACGGCAAGAACGGUUCGCUCGUCCGCCGCGGUCCCUACCCCUUCGUCGUCCCCCUCCGCGACACAAAGACUCGCGAGCUCCUCCCCGGCCGCACAAUCAUGGACAUCGGCCCGAAAGCCGGGUACCCCAUGACCGACAACGGCACCGCCAUCUUCAACAACGUCGAGAUCCCCCACGUCAACUUUUUGGCAAAGUUUGCCAGCGUCGAUGUCGAGUCUGGCAGGUUCAGUAAACCUCCUCAUGACAAGUUGGCGUACGGGACCAUGAUCUACAUCGUACGCAUCGUACAGCAGGCCCGCAUGAUCCUCGCCCGCUCAGCGACCGUUGCCAUCCGCUACUGCUCCGUCCGUCGCCAGUUCGCCGACCGCGACGCGCCCGUGACGGACGACGGCCGCAAGCCCGCCGAGACGCCCGUGGUCAACUACCAGCUCGUCCAGGCUCGCAUCUUCCCUCCCCUCGUGCAGGCUUUCGCGUGCCACUACACCGGUCGCGAGAUGAUGCGCCAAUACGAGUCGAACGAGUCGGCCAUGGCCGAGGGAGACUUUUCGCUCCUCGCCGACUUGCAUGCGACGAGCUCCGGAUUGAAGAGUCUGUGCACGCUCAUGGCGAGCAAUGCGAUUGAGGAGUGCAGGCGCGCGUGCGGUGGACAUGGCUACUCCCUCUCGUCGGGACUGGCGUCGCUCUGGUCCGACUACCUCCCGCAGGUCACCUGGGAGGGCGACUCGUACAUGCUCACGCAGCAGACCGGCCGCUACCUCUUCAAGACGUUCCGCACCAUCCUCUCCGACCCGAACGCCGAGAUGUCCCGCGAGAACCUCACCGCCCACUACGUCCGCAAGUACAUCGCCAACCCGGAAGCCAAGGCGCCCUUCAAAUACGCCGGCGACCUCUCGGACCCGCAGCUCUUCAUCGACGCGUUCGGACACCGCGCCGCGUACCUCACCGCCACGGCACUCCGCAAGCGUGACAUCGAGAAGCGCACGUGGAACUCGUUGCUCAUCGACAUCUUCCGCUGCUCGACCGCACACGCCCAGUACUACCUCGUGUACAACUUUGCUCAGGCAAUCAUGCACGACCAGGAGCUCAAGGCCCAGCCGGCACUGCACAGGAUCAUGACGACCUGCUUCGAGCUCUUCGCCUGCUACACGAUGGACGCCGAAGCGUCCGAGUUCCUUUCCUCGCGCUACCUCUCGCCUCAGCAACACGAGCUCCUUCGCAACCGGGUGCACGCGCUCCUCGCCGAGCUGCGGCCUCAGGCAGUCCCGCUCGUCGACUCGUGGAACAUCCCCGACUACCUCCUCAACUCUGCGCUCGGCAGGAAGGACGGGGACGUCUACCCUGCGCUUGUGAGGUUCGCGCAGGGAGAGCCGCUCAACCAGACGAGGUUCAAUGUGGAUGUCAACGACGAGGCGCUGGAGGUGGGCAAGGAGGAGGGCGUCAGGGCUUGGUCGAAGCUGUAG